CUGGUGAGUAUUUUCACCGGAGCAUACAGUGACAGCUACUUGACAUUUCUCGGCACAGCUGUGUGUGAUUCGGGGUGCCGGCAUGUAAAUAAACAUUUCAUAACAUCCCAUGUUUUCCGAGCGUGCAAAAUAACCGAUGAAAUAGUUGGUAUAAUUCACCAUUCUUUUCACUUUUGAUAAUCUACUCCUGCUAUCAUCAUAAGAGCCACCGAUGUUACAAAUACGAUAUUUAGCUCGAAGAAUAAUUAAAAAUGAAUUGUUGCAAACACGAUUGUGUGCGGUUGGUCCGGUUACAAAUGCUCACCAGCGACAGAUACAGUUUAGUGCAGCACUUAGCAAGCGACGAAAAACGGCCGAGGAGAAGCAUGCGAUCGAAUUUGCACCGAAGAAAAAGAACAAACCGCAAACCGCGGGUGUAGUGGAUAUAUGGCGUAACAUGACCGUAGCGGACCUUGCCCAAUCCUGCCAGCUCGAGCUGGAACACAUUCAGGAGGUGAUGCUGUACGUGAAAGGUGCCGGAAACAUUGAAGGUACGGCACGCCUCGAAGAUCCCAAGGUGAUAAAGGAUAUUGCCGCCAAGUGUGGCUUUAAGACAAAGAUUGUAGCAGCACCAGUUGUGGAGGAGGAAGAGGUGUUGAAGGAUCGUGAUGUGGUGCCGCGUCCACCACCAGCACCCGAGAACCUGAAGGAACGGCCACCGGUUGUGACGGUGAUGGGACACGUGGAUCACGGCAAAACGACACUGCUCGACUCGUUACGAGGUGCAUCGGUAGCGGCUGGUGAGGCUGGCGGUAUAACGCAACACAUUGGUGCCUUCACGGUGGAGCUAGACAACGGUGAGAAGGUUACCUUUCUCGAUACACCCGGACAUGCGGCAUUUAGUGCGAUGCGUGCACGUGGCGCCAAUCAGACGGACAUCAUAGUGCUGGUCGUAGCCGCCGAAGAUGGCGUAAUGGAGCAAACGAAAGAAGUGUUACGAUUGGCGAAAGAGCUAUCCGUCCCUGUUAUUGUGGCAAUUAACAAGAUCGAUAAACCGGGCGUCGAUAUCGACCGGGUGAAGAAAGAACUCUCGCAACACGGACUCGCACUUGAAGGUUACGGUGGUGAUACAAUUGCUGUCGGUGUUUCAGCGCUACAUGGAACGAAUCUGGACGAGCUGACAGAGGCUGUAAGUACGCAGGCAACACUGAUGGGCCUGAAGGGAGAGUACACCGGUCCGGUGGAGGGUGUCGUGGUGGAAUCGAAAGUUGAUUCACAUCGUGGAAAACUGUCCACGGCUAUUGUCUCACGCGGUACACUUCGCAAGGGUGCAAUACUGGUCAGUGGGCAAGCGUGGGCUAAGGUGCGCGGUUUGUUCGAUCACGCAGGACAACCCAUUUCGGUGGUCACACCCGGAAUGCCGGUAGAGAUAUUGGGUUGGCGAGAACUGCCCCUAGCCGGGGAUUUAAUACUGGAAGUAGAGUCAGAAAAGAUGGCCAGCUCGGUACUGCGAUGGCGCGCUAAUCAAGCCAUGAAGGAAAAAGCUCUAAGUGAUGCGGAAGCCAUUAACCUUAAGCGGAAGGAACACGAUGAGCAGUAUAAGGCAGAACGUGAGAAGGCCCGUCUGUCUGGAUUUUAUCGCCGCAAACAGCAGGGACCGCGACAGAAGGAGGCAACACCGGACGAUGGGAAGCCACGUAUCAACGUGAUCGUGAAGGGUGAUGUACACGGCUCGGUAGAAGCCAUUCUGGAUGUGUUGGAAACGUACGACGAUAAUGAUCGUUGCCGGUUGGACGUGAUACACUACGCUGUGGGCGAUGUAAACGAGAGCGAUCUCGAGCUGGCCCGAUUGUUUGAUGCGAUCGUUUACGCGUUUGCGGUUAAUGUACCAAAUAAACCACCGCCGGGUGCUACAAUCCGACCGGUUAACAUCAUCUACCGGUUGGUGGAUGAUCUGAAGAAAGAGAUCAAUACCAAACUGCCAAUGGUGGACGUGUCGGAGGAGGUCGGAGAAGCGAACAUACUACAGCUGUUUGACAUAAACGAAGGAAGACGAAAAGUGACCGUGCUUGGAUGUCGUUGUACCAAGGGUUUGCUUAAGAAGUCGCUCAAGUACAAAGUGGUACGCAACGGCGAACUGUUGGUGGAUGAGCUGGGGCUAGAAUCGAUGCGCCAUCUAAAGAACGAAGUGGACAGUAUCAAGAAGGAUGUCGAGUGUGGAUUGCGCUUGGAUAAUCAAACGCUCGAGCUAAAGGCAGGCGACACGAUCGUUUGUUACCAAAUCAAUCGGGUACCGCAACAGACCGAAUGGGAUCCAGGGUUCUAGGUAGAUAGUUGUACAGGGCAGCUACGUUGAACGAGACUAAUCAGAGGGAUUCGAAUAAAAGAAUGAAUAGUUCCAUUACCGUU